AUGGAAGAAAGAGAGGAGAGAGAAAGGUGGAGAGGAAGAAGAAGACCGAGAGAGAGACGUACCAUGAUCCGUGAAGAGGCCGAGACCACAAACGACGAUGCCGUACUCCACCGCCGAUCACCACCACUAGCGGAGCACCACCGGAGACGUCUUGAAAGAGAGGCGGACAGCGAUGUGGCGCUUUGUACCACGGGGGUGUGUGCAGUGAUGCGUGGAUACAUCCAGGGUGUUGAGUUACUGGAGCAAGAUACUACGGGGUGUUGUGCCGGUAGGUACAGAAGUGUUGAUUCAAGUAUAAGUUGGUGGAUUUUGUUAAGAGAACAUCUUGGAUUUGGGACCAUGGUUAUGGCAUCGCGGUUAAAGCUGGUUAAGCUUGUAACGGAUGUCUUGAUACGCCGUCGUUUCUCGGGAGUCCGGGUGACGGGUGUCACAAGGAGUGUUCGGAGGAAGAAGACGAUCGAGAACAGUCUUACAAGCCAAAUCCAUAGCGAAACUCGUGUUCGUUUCAAAGACCUGGGCAUCGAUAAUCCCAAGCAAGUAAUUCACCGACUUGUACAUGACUCGAUCUUCAACUCGGCCGCGUCUUCUCUUCAAAGUCCACCGUCACGGCGAUCAUUUCUAUCACUCAUGCUCUCAGAAGGAUCCGGUCUCAUGAUCACCACCGGUGAUUCUUCCAAAGUGUUGUUGGUUGGGAACCCAAGCACGGGCCAAUUCGUACCUUUGCCUAAAGUCAGAACUAGGAGAUUAGGCAUAGUAAGCUUUUUUGGGUAUGAUCAUGUUAAUGAUGUGUACAAAGUCUUGUGCAUGACGGUGAAGAAGUUUAAGAAACAAGAUAGAUUACUAGUUGUAUCGGAGGAGCAUCAGGUUUACACGUUAGGAGCUGAGAAGAAAGUUUGGAGAUUGAUCAAUUGCCAGCAUCCGCAUCUUCCUCCUUUUCAAACUAAUGGGCUAUGCAUUAACGGUGUUCUGUUUUACUAUGCUUGGACGAGAGAUAAAGGAUUGUUGAUGAGUUUUGAUCUGAAAUCUGAAGAGUUUAAUGUCAUCAAGUUGUCUGAGAAUGUGCGGUAUCUACAAGAAUUUUGUAGCCUUGUGAACUACAGUGGGAAGUUAGCUUUAUCGACUCGGCUGUAUGAAGACGCACUUGACCUUCAUGUUCUUGAAGAUGCCAGCAAACAAGAGUGGUCAAAGGUUUCCGUCGUGGUUUCUCGUGGGAGUGACUUAUCUGGACAAUACAUGUUCUGGUUCAGAGGUGCAUUUAGUACCGGUGAGCUUAUCUUUGCAUCCUACUCUCGCAUGGAACCUUUCUGUUUACUCUCUUAUGUUCCCAAGGAAAACAUUGCCGAAAAAGUUGUGAUUGAAGGAAUUGGAGAUCAGUUUUCUGAUAUCAGAGUCUAUCAGGAUCAUGUAGUCAGUCCUCUGGUUCUGUCAAAUGAAAGCUAA